AUGGCGCGAAGUGUUCGACGAAAGAAAAGCGCGGAGAAAGUCAGCAAGACAAAGCCAGUUGGUCCUGUCAAGAAACGCACCGUGAAGAAAACCCAUGAAACUUACGCUUAUUUCAUUCACAAAGUUCUGAAGCAAGUUCACCCAGACACUGGCAUUAGUAAAAAAGGCAUGAGCAUCAUGAAUUCGUUUGUGAACGACCUCUUCGAGCGAAUUGUCUCCGAAGCCUCUCGCCUGACCAAGUACGGAAAGAAAAGGACCAUGAGCUCGCGUGAAAUUCAGACCGCUGUCCGGCUGCUUUUACCGGGUGAGUUGGCCAAACACGCUAUCAGUGAAGGAACCAAGGCUGUGACCAAGUACACCAGUUAUAAGAAGUGA